GUAUGAUCUGCAGGGCCGGUGAAAGGCUGUGGCGGUCCCCCCCAGUAGCUGUCACCACGGCGGGGGGCAUCAGGACCUCCAUCUGCAGGGUGGUCGUCUACCUUCAGAGGGACAUGUCCGGGGACAGCUGCCAGCUCCCCCAGCACCGACUAUGUCCUCCACCCCCCAGACCCAGGUCACCUCCACUGGCUCCCAAGCCAUUAGACUUUCCCAUGAAGGUAUACAUGGAACGGUGGGGCAAUGAGGGCAGCGGUCAGUUAUGAAUGAAUGUGCCAAUAUCCUCUAUGUGUUUAUGUAGGCUAUACAGUGUGCUGGGCUGACUGUUUAUAAUGUGAAUGAUGUGUAAGUGUAUGCAAUCUUUAAAAUUCUUAUAUGGUGAUGCCAAAUAGACAUUUUCAUCCUUGAAUAGACAAGUUUGAUUCUAUUCCCCCCCACAGCCUCCCAGAUGGCGUGUCCCAAGACCUGCAGCUACAGAGCGGCGGUGGGCCUGGGUAACAAGUAUGUGCGUCUGAAUGUAGGGGGGACCCUGUUCUACACCACGCUGCAGGUGCUCACCAGGCAGGACUCCGUGCUGAAGGCCAUGUUCAGUGGCAGGAAGGAGGUCUUCAUUGACAGAGAGGGUGAGAAGGACUUUGGAGACUUCCAGAAAGUCUCACAGUCACUCUUAUGGAUCAGAAACAUAGAUGAAACUCUACUUAGUCUAAUACAGACUUCGGAAAUGGAGCAGAUGGCUAAAGCAACAAACAUCAGCAAUGAUUACAAAUACCAUUUAGAUGUAGAUGUACAGGCCUUAUGGCAGGCACAUCAUCAAACAGAUAAAUGGAACUACGCUACUCUAAAAAAUCUGACCGGAACUGACCGUUGCCUUUACUUGCCUUGCAUGGUCCUGUCCAGGCUGGAUCCUGAUAGAUCGUAGUGGGAAGCACUUUGGCUCCAUCCUGACGUACCUGCGGGAGGAAGCGGUCACCUGGCAGGCAGGGGGGCUCUAGAGCUGCUGGCAGAGGCCAAGUAUUACCUGAUCCAGGGUCUGAUGGAGCUGUGCCAGGGAGGCCUGCAGGUCAGUGACACAGAGAGAGGCGUGUCCCAAAUGGCACCAUAUUCCCUAUAAUAGUGCACUACUUUUGACCAAGGCCCAUAGGACUGUGGAUGAAAGCAGUGCACUACGUAGGGAAUUUGGGUGCCAUUUGGAUUGCAGGCUAUGCAUAGGAGUGUGUUGCCCUCACUACUGAUCCAACUUGUAGCUUUGCUAGAUCCUAGAUCUGUGCAUGAAGGCAACAGACUGUACAGGAAUGUAAUGCGUGUUUGUUUGCUGUCGUCUUGGCCAUGCCGACUUGAACAUGACUUACGCUCCACAGAUUGCUUCCUCAUGUUGUGAUCUUUGACUUGCUUUGGACCAGUGUGUCUACUCUGUAAGUGGCUGUAGGACAACAAUACUGUUUGUUUACCAUAUGUGCCAGUUAGGGCUGGCACAAUUACCGUUAUAAAACUGACGAUUAUGGAUGAAGACCGUCAUGAAAAUAAAAUCACCGUCAUAACUGUAAAAAAAAAAAAAGAUGUUUGUUUGUGGAACGAACAGCUGACUGAAGACUGGACUGCCGGGGAUUUGGGCGAUUGAGUCCGUUUCAGCCGUAACAUGGACUAUUAACAUCGUAAUGAAACUUUGUUGCUCCUGGCUGAAACAAGCAAACAAGUCUUUGGUUGCCUAGGCAACACCCCCCCCCACACACACAAUGCAGCAGCAACACACAUAGAAUGAAUAGAAGGGGCUUGGAACCUCUAACCCUGGCAAUUUGACUGGUUAACUCAUGGGUACACUUGCAAUGGCUGCCUGAUAUUGUGAUGCAAUAAUUUCCAUGGUAAUGUAGAAUGUUCAUUCAAAUUAUGUUAACUGAUGUGGCUCAUGCAAUGGAAGGUAUUUUUUGUAAUGUCAGUUGAGUUGAAUCAACAAAUCACUGUACAUAUUUUAGCACAUAUUUUACUUCCUGUUUUGCUCCUAUGAGUACACUGGCAAUGUCCACCCAUUAUGCCGUCAUUGACUUGAAUGUAGACACUUGUUCUAUUCGUUCUAUUUCUAUGGCAGCACAUGCAGUCAGGAGAGGAGAAAAUGUGCGUCUCAAAAAAAUACAAUAAAAAUAAUAUGCAUAUAUUUAUUAUGAGGACCGCAGUAAUUUGGCUGGCCAAUCACCAUCCAAAAUUCCAUGACUGUUACAACCAUAGUGGCAGUGAGUAUAAUGUGUCUGAAAUGGCACCCUAUUCCCUAUGUAGUGCAAUACUUUUUACCUGGGCCCCUAGUGCAAAGGGGGAUACCUAGACAGUUGCACAACUGAAUGCAUUCAACCGAAAUGUGAGGUGUGGGGGCUGCCUUAAUCAAUGUCGACAUAAUUGGCGCCCGGGGAGCAGUUGUUGUUGGAGGUUAACUGCUCAAGGGCAGAACAGUGGAUAUAUCCACCUUGUUGGCUCGGGGAUUCGAACCAGCGACCUUUCGGUUACUGGCCCAACGCUCUUAACCGCUAGGCUACCUGCCGCCUCAUGGGGUGCCAUGUAGCAUGCAGCCUGUGUCAGUGUGAUAGAUGUUCAUUGGAAUGCCUGGCAUUCAGUAUUUGGACUAGCCAAGGUUAUACUGGGGAGAUUCUGCUGUCUCCAUGGUAACCGUGGGCAACGAUACAUGCGGUAAAGAGAUCAAUCGAACCCGACCAAAACAAUGGAAAUGCCAUGGAAACGCAUGGGGGGGGGGGAAAGAUCUUAUGGGAGAAAUACACUAUGUUGAGGUAAACAUCGGUAGGUAAUGCUUGUAUGGAUGUCAACCACAAUACAUGCCAUCGUCACCAAUCAACGGCAUUACAGUUAAGAACGACUGACUACCACCACCGAUUUCUGUAUGCUUGCUAAGCUACCAGUUUACACGAACAGGAGUUAGCAUUUAGCAGUCACUUUUUCUAAACCUGAAAAGUGGAAACAGACAAAUCAGACUUUAGUUACCACAUUGUGGGCCUGUUACAAUACAUCAAUCAUGACGGAUUUGACGAAUAUCCACUUUGAUUGAAUGUGUUGAAUGUGCUCCAAUCCGGCGUCUUUCUAUACCCUACGGUCUUUGUUCCAUUGGCCUCUAGCACAUCUAUGCUGAGGAGUACUGAAUCAAUACCACGUUGAAUUAAAAACCGCUCUGGCUUUCAUUCAUGUCAUGUCCUCUUUUUUCUUCUUUUUUUUAUGACAGAAAGUGGAUGUCAUUAAACGGGUUUAUGAAUGAAGUGGAGUCCAUCAUUUUCAGAUUGGAAUAUACUUCUUAUAUUAAUACAUCUUUGAGCAAGUCUUAAACAUGAAAUGAUAAAGCAUUAUAAGAGAUUCACUCAACCUCAGAGAUCGUUUUUACAAUGUUUGAUGUAAUACACUACACUUGUGGUAGAGUUUAGUGAAUACAAGUUUCAACAUAAUCUUUACACUCUUCUAUGUCAGGGGUGAGGGUUCAGUUCCAGUCCAUUUAAAUUCUGUGAGCAUGCUUCGAUCAACAAAGUCACCUCCUGACCUGACUGAGUUGUUCAAAUGGAAUUUAGCUGAGCCUUCAUAUACAGUGGGGAAAAAAGUAUUUAGUCAGCCACCAAUUGUGCAAGUUCUCCCACUUAAAAAGAUGAGAGGCCUGUAAUUUUCAUCGUAGGUACAUGUCAACUAUGACAGACAAAAUGAGAAAAAAAAAUCCAGAAAAUCACAUUGUAGGAUUUUUAAUGAAUUUAUUUGCAAAUUAUGGUGGAAAAUAAGUAUUUGGUCAAUAACAAAAGUUUCUCAAUACUUUGUUAUAUACCCUUUGUUGGCAAUGACACAGGUCAAACGUUUUCUGUAAGUCUUCACAAGGUUUUCACACACUGUUGCUGGUAUUUUGGCCCAUUCCUCCAUGCAGAUCUCCUCUAGAGCAGUGAUGUUUUGGGGCUGUCGCUGGGCAACACAGACUUUCAACUCCCUCCAAAGAUUUUCUAUGGGGUUGAGAUCUGGAGACUGGCUAGGCCACUCCAGGACCUUGAAAUGCUUCUUACGAAGCCACUCCUUCGUUGCCCGGGCGGUGUGUUUGGGAUCAUUGUCAUGCUGAAAGACCCAGCCACGUUUCAUCUUCAAUGCCCUUGCUGAUGGAAGGAGGUUUUCACUCAAAAUCUCACGAUACAUGGCCCUUUCUUUCUUUCCUUUACACGGAUCAGUCGUCCUGGUCCCUUUGCAGAAAAACAGCCAAUGAAAUCUAUUGAAAUCCAAUGAAAUCUAUUUUAGCAUGAUGUUUCCACCACCAUGCUUCACAGUAGGUAUGGUGUUCUUUGGAUGCAACUCAGCAUUCUUUGUCCUCCAAACAUGACGAGUUGAGUUUUUACCAAAAAGUUCUAUUUUGGUUUCAUCUGACCAUAUGACAUUCUCCCAAUCCUCUUCUGGAUCAUCCAAAUGCACUCUGGCAAACUUCAGACGGGCCUGGACAUGUACUGGCUUAAGCAGGGGGACACGUCUGGCACUGCAGGAUUUGAGUCCCUGGCGGCGUAGUGUGUUACUGAUGGUAGGCUUUGUUACUUUGGUCCCAGCUCUCUGCAGGUCAUUCACUAGGUCCCCCCGUGUGGUUCUGGGAUUUUUGCUCACCGUUCUUGUGAUCAUUUUGACCCCACGGGUGAGAUUUUGCGUGGAGCCUCAGAUCGAGGGAGAUUAUCAGUGGUCUUGUAUGUCUUCCAUUUCCUAAUAAUUGCUCCCACAGUUGAUUUCUUCAAACCAAGCUGCUUACCUAUUGCAGAUUCAGUCUUCCCAGCCUGGUGCAGGUCUACAAUUUUGUUUCUGGUGUCCUUUGACAGCUCUUUGGUCUUGGCCAUAGUGGAGUUUGGAGUGUGACUGUUUGAGGUUGUGGACAGGUGUCUUUUAUACUGAUAACAAGUUCAAACAGGUGCCAUUAAUACAGGUAACGAGUGGAGGACAGAGGAGCCUCUUAAAUAAGAAGUUACAGGUCUGUGAGAGCCAGAAAUCUUGCUUGUUUGUAGGUGACCAAAUACUUAUUUUCCACCAUAAUUUGCAAAUAAAUUCAUUAAAAAUCCUACAAUGUGAUUUUCUCAAUUUGUCUGUCAUAGUUGACGUGUACCUAUGAUGAAAAUUACAGGCCUCUCUCAUCUUUUUAAGUGGGAGAACUUGCACAAUUGGUGGCUGACUAAAUACUUUUUUUCCCCACUGUAUGUCCUGACACAGAGCCUUUGUAUUGUUCAGCAGCACAGAGCCAGUGAGAGUGGAACCAGGCAUUGUUUAGACUGGUCCUGGACCUCUUUCUCUCUAUGUACUAUACCUGCCUGCCCGUGGUGUCUGUUAUGUACUAUACCAGCCUGCCUGUGGUGUGUUUGAUUAACAGGACCAGAAGGAGCAGUCUCUGUGUGUAAUCCCUGUGGUGUGUUUGAUUAACAGGACCAGAAGGAGCAGUCUCUGUGUGUAAUCCUUGUGGUGUGUUUGAUUAACAGGACCAGAAGGAGCAGUCUCUGUGUGUAAUCCCUGUGGUGUGUUUGAUUAACAGGACCAGAAGGAGCAGUCUCUGUGUGUAAUCCCUGUGGUGUGUUUGAUUAACAGGACCAGAAGGAGCAGUCUCUGUGUGUAAUCCCUGUGGUGUGUUUGAUUAACAGGACCAGAAGGAGCAGUCUCUGUGUGUAAUCCCUGUGGUCACCUCUGCCAAGGAGGAGGAGAGACUGAUCCAGGCCUGCACCAAGCCUGUAGUGAAGCUGCUGUACAACAGGAAGUAACAACAAGUACUCCUAUACCAGGUAAGAUACUACAAGUCUAGUGAACCCUAUGCCUGUUCUGUUGUUUGGAGAGUCAAUAAUAGUUAAUGACUGUUGGUAAGUGCUCAGUGAGGGCCUCUAAUGUCAAGUACUCAUCAUGUACUCUGUGUUGACAAUGAAAUACUUAUGUGUACCUCCUGAUCCAUGGGUUGCAUUCCUCCACAGUAACUCAGACGACAACCUGUUGAAGAAUAUUGAGCUUUUUUGACAAGCUGUCUCUUGAGCUACAAUGGCCGUGUUCUCUUCAUCAAGGACGUGAUCGGUGACGAGAUCUGCUGCUGGUCGUUCUACGGACAGACAGGGACGCAAGCUGGCGGAGGUCUGCUGCACAUCCAUAGUCUACGCCACAGAGAAAAAAAAAAAAAAAAACAGACCGAGGUUGGUUAGGGGUUUUACUCACACUCACACACACUCACACUCACACACUCACACUCACACUCACACACACACACACACUCACACACACACUCACACUCACACACACACACCCAUUUGUUCAUGGCAGUCCAUCGUUGCUGACACCGACCCGCUACUACUGCACUGCAGCAAAUCUUCAUGUUGACCCCGUCCGUCCGUCCGUCCGUCCGUCCGUCUCUAUCCCAGGUGGAGUUCCCAGAGGCCAGGAUCUACGAGGAGACCCUGAACGCUCUGCUAUACGAGACACUUCCUGUCCCUGACGACGCCCUAUUGGAGGCCACACGCCCACAGCCACGCCCACAGCCACGCCCACUGUGGUUCCCACAG